AUGAUCCUCAAUUACCUUGGUCGUUCCACUAGAUCCUCAGCAAGCUUCAGACGUCUGUACCUCUUUACACACAAGAGAUAUCGCGUCGCUACUUCAAGGAGAAUACAAACGAUAAUCGACCAGAUGGCCGCUACCGAUAGACUGAAUCAGACUUCCGACAUCAUAUCGCACUCGAUGCAGCACUCCGACUCGACCACCUCGCUCGCCGCACUGGAGAAACCCUUCAAGGUCACCGUUGUCGGCUCCGGCAACUGGGGUACCACCAUCGCCAAGGUGAUCGCGGAAAACACCGCCCUUAACCCGCAGCUGUUUGCCCGCCGCGUCGACAUGUGGGUGUUCGACGAGAAAAUCGAGGGCAGAAACCUGACCGAGAUCAUCAACACGCAGCACGAAAACGUCAAGUACCUGCCGGGCAUCGAGCUGCCCGAGAAUCUGUACGCGAACCCAGACCUCCUCGACUCGGUCCGUGACACAGACAUCAUCGUUUUCAACAUCCCGCACCAGUUUCUGUCGCGCAUCGUGCAGCAGCUCAAGGGCCACGUCAGCAAGCAUGUGCGCGCCAUCUCGUGCCUCAAGGGGUUCGAGGUCGGACCAAAGGGCGUGCAGCUGCUCUCCACCUACGUGACCGAGGAGCUGGGCAUCCAGUGCGGCGCGCUCUCGGGCGCCAACCUGGCGCCCGAGGUGGCGCAGGAGCAUUGGUCCGAGACCACCGUCGCGUACCACAUCCCUGCAGACUUCCGCGGCGAGGGCCGCGACGUGGACCACAAGGUGCUCAAGGCGCUGUUCCACAGGCCCUACUUCCACGUCAGCGUGAUCGAGGACGUGGCGGGCAUCUCGAUCGCGGGCGCGCUCAAGAACGUGGUGGCGCUCGGCUGCGGGUUUGUCGAGGGCCUCGGGUGGGGUAACAACGCGGCAGCCGCGAUCCAGCGCGUCGGGCUCGGCGAGAUCAUCAAGUUCGGCCGCAUGUUCUUCCCGGAGUCCAAGGUCGAGACCUACUACCAGGAGAGCGCGGGCGUCGCAGACCUGAUCACCACCUGUUCCGGCGGCAGAAACGUCAAGGUCGCCAAGGCGAUGGCCAAGACGGGCAAGAGCGCCGAGCAGUGCGAGAAGGAGCUGUUGAACGGCCAGUCUGCUCAAGGCCUGAUCACGUGCAAGGAAGUGCACCAGUGGCUCGAGACGGUCCACCACCUCGACGACUUCCCGCUGUUCGAGGCCGUGUACCAGAUCGUGUACAACAACGUGCCCAUGGACAAGUUGCCCGACAUGAUCGAGGAGCUGGACCUGGGUCUGAAGGACGCGGCUCAAUGA